AUGUAUAGCGCAGGAGCAUUUUGGUUGAACGGUACUUCUUACGAAUACCACAUCCUCGAAAGCAAUAUCUACCCAAACAUUGGCAAAUACGAUAACUUACUAGUAAAUGACACAGAUUCAUUUGCAACUACUAGAUUAGUUGAUGGAGAACAUCAUCUCCGAAGUACUUCUGACCAUAAUCAUGCUGCUGAAGCAAAUCGAAUUAACGUUAUAAGAUCUGUUAAUACUGUGAAGGAGAGAGCAAGAGAAACAAGCGAGCGGCCAGCACAAAUAAUUCAAACCGUAGCUGCUAAUAGUUCUCGCGAAAUACAUCCAUAUCUUCCAUCCCGUGACGCACUCAGUCAAACUGUUAAACGAAUUCGGCGUUCCGAGCUUCCCACUGAACCAGAAUCUUUGGAUGAUCUUGUCAUUCCUGAAAAUCUAACAACAACAUUCGAUGGAUCAGCCUUUUUGAUAAGAGAUUCCGACUUGGGGCAAAACAGAAUACUUAUAUUCACCACCACAUCUAAUAUUCGAUAUUUGGAACAAUCGCCUUUCUGGAUAAUGGAUGGCACGUUUAAAACCGUUCCUACAAUUUUCAAACAGCUAUACACUAUUCACGGAAGUGUAGGUGGGAAUGACAACUCCAGAAUUAUGCCUCUCGUUUAUGCACUAAUGUCUAGUAAAUCGGAACAAUGUUAUAGACGAUUGUUUCAAGACAUAAUUAAUUUUAGUGAAGAAGAAAAUAUUGAUCUUCAACCACAGUUUAUUCUAACAGACUUUGAACAAGCCGCUAUUAACGCUGCUCGUGAGGAAUUUCCGGGGGUUCGUAAUAAGGGUUGUCAUUUUCAUUUAGCCCAGAAUGUUUAUCGAAGAGUACAAAUGUCCGGUCUGAGCACUCAAUAUGGAAACAAUGAGAAUUUCAGUUUACUGAUACGGCAUAUCCCCGCACUUGCUUUCUUACCACCCAUGAAAUUCCUGCGGCUUUUGAUGAAUUAA